CUCCUCUCUUUUUUUUGCAACCAUAUCCACACCAAGACCACUCGCUCUUAACCGCGCGCUUGCGUUUGUCCCCAGGCCCCCUCGUGUUCGGCGAGCCCAUCGCUGCCAGCCUGGGCACGGACGGCACCCACUACUGGAGCAAGAACUGGGCCAAGGCGGCGGCCUUCGUGACCUCCCCGCCCCUGAGCCCGGACCCCACCACGCCCGACUACCUGACCUCCCUGCUGGCCUGCGGAGACCUGCAGGUCACGGGCAGCGGCCACUGUCCCUACAGCACCGCCCAGAAGGCGGUGGGCAAGGACAACUUCACCCUCAUCCCCGAGGGCGUCAACGGCAUCGAGGAGCGGAUGACCGUCGUCUGGGACAAGGCGGUGGCCACAGGCAAAAUGGACGAGAACCAGUUUGUGGCGGUCACCAGCACCAACGCGGCCAAGAUCUUCAACCUGUACCCCAGGAAAGGGCGGAUCGCCGUGGGCUCGGACGCCGACGUGGUCAUCUGGGACCCCGACCGGGUGAAGACCAUCACGGCCAAGAGCCACAAGUCGGCUGUGGAGUACAACAUCUUCGAGGGCAUGGAGUGCCACGGCUCCCCGCUGGUGGUCAUCAGCCAGGGCAAGAUCGUCUUCGAGGAUGGCACCAUCAGCGUCAGCAAGGGCAUGGGCCGCUUCAUCCCCCGGAAGCCUUUCCCCGAGCACCUCUACCAGCGCGUCAGGAUCAGGAGCAAGGUCUGUGGAUUGCAAGGGGUCCCCAGGGGCAUGUACGACGGUCCCGUGUACGAGGUGCCAGCCACGCCCAAAUAUGCAACUCCCGCUCCUUCUGCCAAAUCCUCGCCUUCCAAACACCAGCCUCCGCCCUUCAGGAACCUGCACCAGUCCAACUUCAGCCUGUCCGGUGCCCAGACAGAUGACAACAACCCCAGGCGCACGGGCCACCGCAUCGUGGCGCCCCCUGGUGGCCGCUGCAACAUCACCAGCCUCGGUUGACCACAGAGAAGCGGAUGCGCUGGAGUGGAGGAUUCUGGGAAAAUCAUGUCCAUUCCUUCCCCCGUCGGUGUGUUCCAAGCCCAGUGUUUCAUUUGGUCCCGACGGGGGACACAUCGGAUGAUGCUCUUUCCUUUUGCUGACGUUUAGGAAGACGUGGUACUAGUGUGGUCUGUUUGCUUGGAAAUCCCUCGCCCCGCAGGUGUGUCCAGCCGUCUGUACCGCCCCUCCCACCUCUGUCCCGGCUCACGGUCCCCGAGUGGUUCCCUUGCACCCUCGUAGCUGUUCUAGGGUAGUUGAUGCAUGUUGCUAAGUUACGUAUGCAAGUCUGUGCGAGCGUCUGACGGCACACGAGGACCGACCGGACACAAGGUCUGGCCUCGGGCCCUCAGGGUCCCAAACUCCACGAGAAGGUGUUUACUCAUCGCCCCCACGCCCCCCGACCCCCCGGCACCUGUGAGCUCCCGGAAGGCGGGGAGCUUUGAGCAACGCCUGCCAUCCGCACCCCGUGCCCCGGCCUCCGCGGCACGUGCCCCUGGCCCUGACGCCUUUCGGUCAGCGUGCUGUCCUCCCAGCCAGCUCUGGGCGUCGGCCGCGCCGGACUCACACUCAGAACGGGGUCCCUCGUCCCCAUGCAGGGCCGACGACCGUGGGGGAUGCUGCUUCCGGCUGCCCGUGUCCUCGUCCCUCUGAGGGGCUGACGGGGCAGCCAGAUUUUUAACGUUUUGUACGGAGUUUUCCUUUGUAAUCACCCCCAUUUUUACUUAAUAACCGACUUAUCGUGGCUCUUAUUUCUGAAUUCAAAGCUUGUGGAAAAUAAAAGGAACGGCCCCUGGCC